CUGGUCCGCGUCCCCCCGCGCUUGGCUAGCGUGGAGGAACUCACCCGUUUCCACACCCUGGAGUACGUGGGCAAAAUCCAAAGCCUGAGUCGAGCUCAGGGAGGAGAAGCGGGGGACUUUGCCACAUUUGGCCCCGGAUCGUACGAAAUUGCCUGUCUGGCAGUGGGCGGGGUGUUGAACGCCAUCGACGCGGUUGUCACGGGCCGGACGGACACGGGCGACAAAGUCCGAAACGCUUACUGUUUGGCCCGACCCCCGGGGCACCAUGCCGAAAAAGACCGAGGGAUGGGCUUUUGUCUCUUCAACAACGUGGCUCUGGGGGCGAUGCACGCCCGGGUCAAACAAGGGCUGAAGCGCGUGGCCAUCGUCGACUAUGAUGCCUUCGCUCCUGAGCUCCUCUUGGUCUCCUCCGGGUAUGAUGCCGGCUACCUCGAUCCCCUCGCCACCAUGAUGCUUUCCUCGGAGCACUUCCGAACCCUGGGGCAAAAACUGAACGGGCUGGCGGAGGACGUGUGCGACGGGAGGAUCGUCUACGUGCACGAGGGCGGGUAUUCGGACCUGUACGUGCCGUUCUGCGGGCAUGCGAUCGUGGAGGAACUGACAAAGAGACGGACUGGAGUGCGAGAUUGCAUGCUAACGGAUGUCCACCAGUGGGGGUACCAAGAGCUGCAGCCGCACCAGGAUGCCGUAAUCAAGAAAUGCGAGGCGCUGGUGACGGCCCUGAAGCGGCGGAUGGCAGGAAUGAAAUGA